CUUCACUUGUCUAGACACUGCUGGCCAGGGCAUUUGAAAGGCAUCCAUAAACUCCUGACCUGCCUCAUCUUCAUUCUUAUUCUCUUGUUGCUUCAUUUUCACCAUCUCGGCUGCUUGUUCUCAGCCUUGACCAUUCUUUACACCCAUCAUCCAGUAUGGAUUCCAAGUAUUCACAAGCCCAGAAUCGGGCUGCUCUUGACGAGUUCGUUCGACAGCCCGUCCGAUCUUAUAUGAUCCAACACCUGGCCAAACAGGCAUCUCAGGUCAUCAGGUGCGACCAGGAGCCAGUUGCAUCAGAUUCUCUUCCAACACCCCCCUCGACACCACCUCAGAAUUCCGUCGUCGAUCUCACACAGCCUACCCUUCCAAGCCUGGAGCAGUUCAUCACCUCACUCGUCCACCGAUCUUCAGUCCAGGUGCCUACCCUCAUGUCUUCUCUCGUAUACCUCGCUCGCCUGCGAGCCAAACUACCUCCAGUUGCCAAGGGAAUGCGAUGCACCGUACACAGAAUCUUUCUGGCCUCGCUGAUUCUCGCAGCCAAGAACCUCAAUGACUCCAGCCCCAAGAACAAACACUGGGCCAAGUACACCUCAGUCAAGGGAUUUGAGGGCUUUGGUUUUGGUCUGGCUGAGGUCAACUUGAUGGAACGACAAAUGCUGUACUUGCUCGACUUCGACACCCGAGUCACAGAACAGGAUCUGUUCCUUCACUUCGAACCUUUCCUGGCUCCCAUCCGCUUCCAGAUGGAUCUUCAACAAGAGGAGGCCGAGCUGAUUAGCAGUGCCCGACACUGGCAUUCGCAGCAGUCCUCGUAUGAUUCCGCCAUUGGUUUGCCCAUGCCACCCUCGCGCCACAUCAGAGACAAUGACUUGCCCGUACUCACCACACCACCUCCACGGGCUGUCGGUGUGUAUGGCUCGCCUGCCUCGUACAUGGACGACGAUCUCUCGGGUGGACGAUAUCCUCGUCAGCAUCGACCAAGCACUAGCUCGCUCUCUCUGCCAGCUCCUAGCCACCGUCGUGUGCCUUCACCCUUCCGUCACCACAUCAGCAAGCUAUCGAUGUCGCCUCCCUCAGUUCGGGAUCUUCCCCCACUAGUGUCAUCAAGCCGACCAGGUACCAUGCACAGCCACUCCAGCUCCAGAUCUUCCUCCAUGGCUCCUUCAUUGAGGUCCCGGUCUUCGUCGCUGGCACCAACCAAUCGCGGAACACCAUACACAGCUUCGUCGGGUAUUGACGACAGCAUUGUUGUGGUGGAUCAGACAGAGAGCCCGGAUGCCUCAUACCACAGUGGCUACGGCAAAGCUAUCACCUCUCGUCCUGGUCUCAAGGGCCACCAGACGAGCUUUCAGGGUGAAAGCCAGCAGCCAGCUAAGAAGGUCAAGUCUGAUGGUAUUGGCGGUGUGAUGAACCGACUCUUCAACUCUGCAGCCACCAACUACAGAUUGGGUAGAACCCCAGUGCAGGUGGCAUAGAGGGAAGCAUGAACGAUUCAUGAGGCUGACAGUCACUGACGGCCUGAUUCACGACCUCUCACGGAAAGAGCUCAGACAGUACCAGGUGCUUGACGACCAUUUCUGAUUGUGAUGACUACGCACCCAACACAGCGGGCCAUGGCUUGGAUCAACCCACCAAGCUUUUUUCUUUCAGCAACAAAUACUCGAUUUCAACUGCAUGGCGACGGCGUUUUGGGAAUGAACACACAUACGAGGCAGCACAGCCUGAUGAUUCCAUUCCUCCUUCUGCUCUGAAGGUGUUGACGAUGGAAUCCCUCGAGAAUCUUCUUUUCGACUCGAUACUUCUUGCAAAUAGUAUUUUGCACAUGACACCAACAAAAAUUUCUUUUCUUCAAGACCUCAUGAUCACGGUCUUUUCCCAUCAGGGAAGUGAUCACUUGUACAAACAGAUUACCUUGGAGCUCAUGGCUUCUCGGAGAGUAGAGUUGCCAGAACGAAUGGAAAAGAUUCAUGACCACACAGAACUGGACCGGUGCCAGAACGUGGAACAGAUGAAUGCUUUGGAAAUGUCGGAGACGUGGGAGACGAAGACCCGCAGAGGCACGGGACGAGUUUUGUUGCUUGGUCCUUUGAUGCAUGAAAAUUG